GAAUGGAAUGUGAAGACGGACACUGUACGAUCAGAGAGAGGCUGGAUCAAAACAAACCUGCAGUUAUACAAGAGGACCAACAGCGCUGGGGAAAGUAAUACAGCCCCACAACAUCAAGACAAGACAAGGUAAGGCAAUACAGUGGACGUUACUUAAAUCUACCUGACAGUGCGACUCGUAUCAGAAGAGGAGAGGCAUAGCCACAAAAAAGGGACUGAGAGUGUUACGAAACAUAUUUACAAGCAAAGAAACUCGCGCCGUCAACUUGCAGAGAUGAGUCGAAUCCUUCGCCAGGGAGUGAAAAUUGGCGAGGGGAUCUUGAUUAUUGCCCAACAUGGAACACACCCAACACUGCCCCUCACGAGGGGCAGUGUUGUGGUGGGCCUUCCCACUCCCCGCCUGGCCCCAGUACGUAGGAUGGCCACCUCAGCUGCCACCUCAGGCAGUCAUCCCGUUGGUCCCAUGGGCUUGUUCCUGUUGAUAGUUCCCAUAGGCACAUUUUGUCUUGGAACUUGGCAAGUUCAGAGGAGAAAAUGGAAGCUCAACCUUAUUGACGAAUUAGCUGCAAAAUCCAAAGCACCUCCUAUUCGGUUUCCAGAAAACUUAGAAGAACUUGAGGAUUUAGAAUAUCGUCGAGUGAAGAUGAUAGGAACCUUUGACCACAGCAGAGAGAUUCUUUUGGGCCCUCGUCCGGCAUUGGUUGAAGGGGAUGUGAGCCACUCUGGAAGUGGCCUCAUAUCAUCAGGCCAGAGUGGCUUUCUCGUCAUCACUCCCUUCAAGCUGGCUGACAGAGACUUGACUGUUCUUGUCAAUCGAGGUUGGGUUCCUCGCAAGCAGAAGAAUCAAGACACCAGAGUAGAAGGUCAGGUGGAGGGGCAGAUAGAAAUGGAAGUGGUGGUACGCAAAACAGAAAAGCGAGCACCAUUCAUGCCAGAAAACAAAAAGGGAGCCACAGUCUUCUUGUACAGAGAUGUGCCAACAAUGUCUCAAAUGCUGAACACAGCCCCCAUCUUCCUGGAUGCUGUGGAUACUGUCCCUGGUGGCCCUCAGGGUGGACAGACACGGGUUACCAUGAGAAAUGAACACCUCUCUUACUUGCUGACAUGGUACAGUCUGAGCUUAUCCACAGCCUACCUGUGGUACCGACGCUUCAUCAUGGGGUUUCAGGGAGUUGGCGGGAUCGAGUCUCAGGCAGCUGGAGAGUGAGGAGACUUGCCAUGCCAGCGAGUGAUCCAAAGAUGACCAUUGGUAGUGGACCCCAUAUGUCAUCCUAAGGAAACAGUAAUGCAUCAUAAAUGGCACAGUUAUGUAUGAAUCUGGAAGCAAGUGGAAACAAGAUUUAUGCAGAAAGCCUGCUAUUUACAGGGUUAAUUUGGGUGACAGACAAGCCCUGUAAAUUCAAACCACAAAUACAGUAUUGGAAGACCUAUCAUAAUACCAGUGACCCUCAUUUUUAUGUAUCAAAAGGGUGGAAAGCUGCCCAAAAAAUCAGAAGGGGUAGUUUCCAAUGGAUGUUUAAAGUGGCACAACAGUGAAGCAACAUAUCUCUGUAGUACACAUCAGCUUUAUACACAAACAACCUAAACUGUGAUGGUUUGAUUCACUAUCUUCCAUUUAAUUAUAAAGAAAAACUGAAAUUGGUGAUAUAUUCAAGUUAUUUUAAUUAUAUUUCCCCAGAUCUCAUUCAAAAUUCCUCUGACCAGGAAUGAAAAAGGCUGACUGCAAAGAUAAUCAGGGAGAUCUUGAAAAAAUAUAAAUAAAUAAAUAAACUGUUCUCACACAAAUAAUCAGUUUCCUAUAUAAAGGUAUGGCAACAUUGCAGAGCUCUUUCACAGUAUAUUACAACUAAGUAAACACACACACACACACCAUCAUAUUGAUGUAGGGAGCCAGGGCACCUCCAAUACGUGCCACCAUAGAGGAGGAGCCCAUGCCAACAUUGCGCACCACAGUAGGGAACACCUCUGCUGAUAGUGUAUAGAUGAUGGCAUAGGAAGCAGUAAUGCACAAUUUGCCACUCAUUGCCAGUGUGAUCAGUAGCCAAGACAUCUCUGCAAAUAACAUCUUAUCUUUAUUAAAAUAUCAGUCGUUUGGCAAUAGUUUUAACCCUUUAUUCUAUAUAGAUCAAAGAAAAUAGUUCAAGAUCCAAGGCCUACAAUUCUGGAGCUGUUCCAAAUGUUUUCCUAUUCUGUAGUUGCAUCUUCAAGUGUAACUUGAAUAUAACAGGCUAACAGAAGCCUUGAACAGGCUAACAGAAGCAGGCAUUUAUACCACCAGCAUGGAUAGAGCAAGUACAAGACUUAUGUAUUUGCAUUUUGAAUACACUGAAAUACAGUAAACUCUCUAAUUUGAACUAUGUAAGUGUAGAUACAUCUGGAUCAAAUUAGCCAAAAAUGGUUAUUUUUAUACCCUUGCAUCUUCAUGCUGUGGGGCAGGAGUAAGGAAAGGAGGGAGGCAUGUCAUGUCAGGUGGCUGUAUCCUGGCAGUCAAGAUACAUUGCAGCAUAUUCAUAAAAAUUCUUCUUUUUCCUUUUAUACCACUUUUCAAGUAAAAUCUGAAUGGAUCAUUGUACCCAGCAGUAGUCUCUGUACUAUAAGAAUACAUGUUUUAUUAAAUACUUGCUUUCGUAAAUGUUGUCAAUAUUGAUAAUCAUUAAAAAGCUGCUUAAG